UUAUCAUCCAAUCCAAUCCAAACAACACAAACACACACACAUUUCUCUGUUCCUCGUUGGCAUCGUUCUCUUCCAAUGGCCGUCACUUCCUCUGUAAUCCCUUCUCUCAACUCCACGCGUCUCGGAUCUUCUCCUUCUCCAUCUUCUUCCACAAGGCUCUCCUCCACAACACCCUCACUGCACUUCCCUUCUCGCACUCGCGUUCUCCGCAUAGGAACUUCACGCGCUCCCCCUCGAUUCCUCCCUGUGGUUCAAGCUAAGAAACAAACCUUCUCCUCUUUCGAUGAUAUGCUCGCAAAUUCUGAUAAGCCAGUCUUCGUUGACUUCUAUGCUACCUGGUGUGGUCCGUGUCAAUUCAUGGUUCCGAUACUCGAUGAAGUGAGUACUCGGCUUAAAGAUAAGAUACAGGUUGUCAAGAUUGAUACUGAGAAGUAUCCUGAGAUUGCUAACAAAUACAGCAUUGAGGCAUUGCCAACUUUCAUCAUCUUCAAGGAUGGAGAACCCUUUGAUCGCUUUGAGGGAGCAUUAGCUGCUGAUCAGUUAAUUGAACGCAUAGAAACCAGUCUCAAAGUUAAGCAAUAACCCUACUAUAAUGAAGACACAAAGAAGCUUGUCUAUUGGAAUGUUCGAUCACAUAACUGAUUGGAUUGGAGGAUACCAUGCUGUUUCAACCUCUUUCAGACCUUUUUCCCCAUGUAGUUAUUACAUUAUCUCCAAAUGCUGAGAGCCAGGCUUAUAAAAAUUUGAUUGUUUAAUUAGCAGGGGCAUUUUUUUGAGAAGCUCACUAGUAAACCUGGUUAUUGUUGUGAGUUUGUCAGUGUCUUAAUUCUUGUCUCUCCCCUAGACUCCAUCCACCCCAUCUGUAUUUUACAUUAAUAUUCUGAGUUUAGAAACAAAGUGAGAGUUUAUGGAGGUUAAA